AUGGUUGCUCGCCCAGAACCGGAUGCGAAGAUGGAAAAGAACAACGUCAAGCGAAUAUCGUGUAAGCGAUGUCAGCAGAGAAAGAUCCGCUGUUCCCGCACCUUUCCGUGUGGCAAUUGCUCCGUUGCUUCGGUGAAAUGCGAAUUCCGUGAGAGCGACUUCAAGCGACCACCAGUGUCACGUGAGUAUGUCGCCGCACUGGAGUCGAGGAUCGCGUUGCUUGAUGGUUUCUUGGCUAGACUUAAGGAGGCUAGCAAUAGCGAAAGAGAUAAGAUUCUGGAUGAAGUCCAAGUCAAAGACUAUGUGCCGUCGUUCUCUGGUUUGCCGUUAGAGGACGAAGCUGCGCUGAGCGAGGCUUUCACAAAAGCCUCACUGCAAGAGACAACUGAUGGCUCAAUGAUAUAUCAUGGCCCGACAAGCAUCUUCCAAAACGACGUUGGUGACGCAUACGCAAACUCAUCGGUCAACUCGAAACCGUCGCUGUUCCAUGAGAAAAAGAGUAAUCUUACUCACCAGACAAUGCGUCUAUGCCUCGGACUUUUCUUCAUGUGGCAGUACCCGCUAUUCAUGUUCAUCGACAGAGAAGCAUUCAUAUCAGAAUUCGAGGAGAAUCCGGUUGACGGGGACUUUUGCUCUCCGCCACUCAUAUAUUCUGCUGCAGCAAUAGGCGCACUUAUGUCCAAGGAUCCCGAGAUUAGGGCCAAGGCGGAUGCAUAUAACGCAAAUGCGCAGAACAUCCUGAUGAAUGAAGGCUUGAACGCACCUAGACCGACCUCAGUACAAGCAUUGCUUUGUUGUGCGUAUUAUGAGGUAGGGCGCGGCAAUAUUUCGAGGGGGUGGCUUCUUUCAGGGAUGGCCUUCAGAAUGGGUCAAGAUAUUGGUUUCCAACGAGACCCUACGCAUUGGGAAUCGGAGGAGAAGCCAAAGUCAGCUCUGCCGUUCGCAUUCGAUAAUGAAUUCCGCCGUCGAAUAUACUGGGGAUGUUUCUUGUCAGACAAAAUCUUCAGUCUUCUUCUAGGACGGCCUACCAUCAUGCAUGAGAGUGAUGCAGACGUCAACCUUAGUGAACCUCUUCCUAACGACCCGCCUAUAUGGGAAGACUGGCUCCAAUCCCAUGAUCUAGAGUUCUUAAAACCCUUGCGCCCAGCCGGCCCAAAAUUGACAUUAGUGUUCAACCAGCAAAUAGAGCUAGCUCGUAUCAUACACGAUAUGCUUUCGACGACUUUCGCACCCAAGAAGAAGAAUGAUGUUCAUUCCAGAAAAUGGACCGAAGUGUCGCUUAACAAGUUGAAUGCUAGGCUAGUUGCAUGGCAUGAGGCACUUCCAGCCGACAUGCGCUGGAAGAAGUGGUUUACCAACAAAGACGUCCUACACCCCAGUGUGGCACUGCUCCAUAUUCGCAUCUGCCUCAACCUGCCUUUCAUAGCGUCUAUCGGAAAUAUGCCAUCUUUAUCAGAAGAAAAGCCAGAGGGCACAGAGGAUCCGCUUUUUGACUCGUUCAGGCGAUGCAAGGCGAGUGCAGAAGGCAUCAUUGACAUCCUUCAACGCUUCAAAGGCCAACACACUCUCGGAAACGCACCUCUACUUUUUCUGGGUGGCGCUUUACUGUCCAUGAAUGCCAUCCUGGUCAUAUGUCGGCACGAAGGCAGCAAUCAGCCGUCGUCAAUGAGGGAUACUUUACUCCCCAUACUUGGUGAUGCCAUGCAGGAGAUGGGCCCAUCUUGGACGCUGUCGGAAGCCGCCAGGCUCAGGUUCAAAAGCCUUUUCACACCAAAUCAUCACCAUGGCAGCAGUCCUUCAAGCAAACCAGGAAGAGAAACUGCAGGGUCUCAAAGUAGUCCAGAUUUGUCUCUACACAAAGACCUGACGACGACGACAUCGACACUGGCGGGCACACAAUCUCGAAGCGUAUCUUCCGGAAAUCAACCUGUCAUAACUCCAGAUGAAGAACCACUUGGUGGACUGGGGUCUACAGCGCACCACAUUAACGACCUUGAAAAUCCCAUACAGCAUUUAUGGGAACCGAUGGGUGUGCUGGAUGAAGAAGCAGCGUACUGGGCUAAUGUUGGCAAUGAUUUCCUUGUUGAUUCAGAUUUAAGUUUCCUCGACAGCUUACCGGAGUUUGACUUGUCAGACCAGCCACCGAUGCCAUAG